AUGUGGCAUGGGGAAGCACGAAUACAAACAACAGAGAAACUCUUCGUUGCUGUCUCUUUCGCCUUAUUGGCUUGCGCUGCUGCAGACGUCUCCCAUCUCGGCGGUGGUUACAAUUAUCCCGCACCAGUACAUGAAGAAAUUCGAUCGGAACCCAUUGUGCCACAAAACACCUACCUGCCACCAGCUCCAAUCCAUGAAGCAAUCCAAUCCCAGCCUAUUGCACCACCACAAAACACCUACAUCCCACCAGCUCCUAUUCAUGAAGCAAUCCAAUCCCAGCCUAUUGCACCACCACAAAACACCUACAUCCCACCAGCUCCAAUCCAUGAAGCAAUCCAAUCCCAGCCUAUUGCACCACCACAAAACACCUACAUCCCACCAGCUCCAAUCCAUGAAGCAAUCCAAUCCCAGCCUAUUGCACCACCACAAAACACCUACAUCCCACCAGCUCCAAUCCAUGAAGCGGUUCAGUCUCAGCCCAUUGCCCCACCACAGAACACCUAUCUUCCUCCAUCGGGCUACCGCUACAAGACCGUUCGUCGUGUUGUCUACAGACGCCGUUUCUAAUUGAACGCUGAGUUGACGUUUUGUUGAUUAUUAUUAGUUCACUUU